AUGAACAAAGUCGCAAACAAACGGCCCCCAUUCCCCGGCGGUCCCGCUAUUCCUGGCUACGGUGGCGACCAUGGUAACGGCGGGUUGAUGGGAGACUUCAACGCAAAACUAGGCACAAGAGAAAGCGGUGAGCUGAAGGUAGGGAAAUUCGGUGUAGGGCAACGGAACCAAAGGGGCCAGCUGCUGGCAGACUUUAUGGAGAAAGAGGGACUCUCUACGAUGAACUCUUUCUUCCAGAAGCGACCCCACAGGAAGUGGACCUGGUCGAGCCCCGACGGUUCAACAAAAAAUAAGAUUGACUUCAUUACGACCAGACUGUUCAGUGAUGUCUCAGUGAUCGCAAGGGUGAAAACUGGCAGCGAUCACCGAAUGGCUAGAGGCACGCUGAACCUAAACGUUAAGUUGGAGAGGUCUCGUCUAAUAAAGUCAACGCUCUGUCCCCCUCGUGCUCUAAUCCAGAAUCCCGAAACCUUUCAGCUCGAGUUACGUAACCGCUUUCAGUGCCUAGAAGAUUGCAAUGCAGUGGACGAUGUGAAUGACAAGCUCGUGGAAACUGUCCAUGCGGUCGAAGCUAAGUUCAGCAAGACCCGCCGCAGAAGAACACAAAAACUCUCCGAUCACACUCUUAAUCUCAUGGCUGUUAGACGGGAGAUGAGGCUGCAAUCGUCAACAGAUUUGACGGCAUACAGGCAACUGAACAGACCUAUCUCCAAAUGCAUGCGGCGGGACUUACUCAACUUUAAUACUGCUCGUAUUAAAGAAGCGAUCGAGCGGAACCAGGGCUCCAAAGUCUUUGCCAGAGAUCUGUCUGCCAGAAAGAACCAACUGUCAAAGCUGAAGACUGAGUGUGGCAACAUCGUUUGCGGGACACCUGAGAUUCUGAGUGAGAUUGAGAGGUUCUAUGGGCAACUGUACACAUCACCGUUGGAGCCACACGCAAGUGUGAGUAAAGAUCCAAGAGCAAGUCUUAUACGACACUAUUCCGAUGAUAUCCCGGACGUCAGUCUGAGCGAGAUUAGAAUGGCUCUCCACCACCUUAAAAACGGUAAGGCCGCGGGCGGGGAUGGAAUUACAGCGGAGCUUCUGAAAGCGGCUGGAACACCGCUACUUAAAGUCCUUCAGAAGCUCUUCAAUUCCGUCCUCCAUGGUGGCACUACUCCGGAGGCGUGGAGCAGAAGAGCGGUGAUCUUGUUCUUUAAGGAAGGCGACAACGCUCUCUUGAAGAACUACAGACCGAUUUCCCUUUGA